AUGGCGCCAAUGGCACCGAUGGCGCCCGUGGCACCGAUGCCCUGGGGAGGCUUCCAGCCGCGGCUGCCCGCACAGGCUGAGAUGCACAUGGUUGAGCUGCUGCUGCAAGAUGCAGAGUAUCGAAGUCGAGAGGAGGCACGGCACCUGCGGCUUCAAUGCCAAGAGCUGCAUGCGGAACUGCAGCAGCAACGCAUGCUUACCUCUCCGAAAUCUCCUGCAGUGCAGCCCUUGCAAAGGCCACCUCCGUUUCCUCGACAGGACGCUAAACAGCUCGAGUUGAGACAGCAGCGGGAGAAACUUCAGCAGCAGCUCUGCAAUUUACUGCAACAAUUUUCAGAGAUGCGCGGAGAACAGGAGAUCCUGUGCACGGGAGAUUCGACAAGUUCCAGUGGCCAAAAACGACCCACUGGCAGUCCGUUUCGCCUUUUUCCUCCGCCGAGACCAGUCACCACUGGGCCAGAGCUGCCACCGGCACCACGGCCGUUUUGGACACCUCCACAGGAGGGCCGCAACCGCAGAUCUUCCCUCGGCUCCAGCAGCCGCGGUGCGUGCCGGAAAAGCGAGCUUCGCUGUUGGCCCUCGGUUCAGGAGACGCCACAGCGGAAACAUGGAGGUCAAGGUCUUUUGCUGGCUAAAGGCAUGAGCCGCGACACCAGCGAUGAAGGUGAUCGUUGCACCUCCCGUGGAUCCACGGUGACUGGGCACAGAACUGGCGAUGAGGGAUCUAGCCCUGACACAAAGUUGUCGGCGCUUCACCCAGAGGUGGUGGAAGCUCCAGAGCCUGCAGAGGCCUCAAGCCUGGAUGAAUUGUUGCAGCUCAUCUCGGACGGACAAAGAGCGGUGCAAUGCUGUGAUGCCGAGCUGGGACCCGAGCAGGCUUCAUUCUUGGCCGAAGUCUUGGAAGCCUCAUCCUUGGAGGUCCUCAUCCUGGCUUCCAACGAGCUUGGCCCUGGAGGAAUCGACGUGAUCGCUCCCAUGUUGCCCACUUGCCACCUAAGGCACCUGGAUCUCAGCUGGAAUCAGCUGGGGCCCAGUGGAGCCUUUUCUUUAGCCUCCCAGCUGCCCAAGAUGCACCUGAAACAACUGGAUCUCUCCUCCAAUCAACUGGAGGCUGCUGGCGCCAAAGCCUUUGCCGUGGCGCUGGCAGAGGACCGCCAUCUCCUGUCACUGGAUCUCAGCUGGAACUCCAUGGGUGAUGAGGGUGGCAUGGCGAUUGCCCAGAUGUUGUCCACUAACAGGACACUGCAAUAUUUGAAUCUGGCCAUCAACGACUUGACGUGGCCAUCUGCCGCAGCACUUCGCCAGGUUGUCACAGGACAUCCAUCUCUUCAGGAGUUGGACUUGGCGGGCAAUGACAUCCCUGAGGACCAGUUGCCAAGAAUUUGA